AGCCGUUGCUCCUGACCCUUCAUUUUCUCGCCCUUACCGACUUUCUCCGUAGAGCUCAGCAAAGGACGGAUAUUUUGGUCAGUUGCGCUUCAGGGCGCUCAGGCAGAGGGCAGGCUCUAGGACAGCAUCCAAUACCAAACACGUGUAGUUAGCUGACACGCAACCAUGAUGAAAACGGGCGCCACCAAGGUGGGCCUGCCCAAACCAGGACUCCAAAAGCAGGCCUCGCUGGCCCAAUCUUCCUCCACCACCACCACCUCCACAGCCAUGAAGACCUCCAGAUCCUCCAACAUGCUGGCCUCAGAUCAGCGCCUCAGCAGACUGAAAAGAGCCAGCAGUGACGAUGCCUUGACAAAGCCCGCACUGGGAGCCGCUGCCUCUGGCUCCCGGAUGAAGAAGACUGUGACCACUGGAGCCAUCUCAGAUCUUCCUGAAGCGCGUCCUCGCAGUGUGUCUAGUGCCCAGACAGCCAAGAAGUCUGGUAUUCCAGCUCCUAGAGAAAUUCCUUCUACCAUUACAAGAGACCGCAUCUCUCUGAGGGACCAGCUCAGGAGCUCUAGCACUAAGAGGAUGGUUUCCAGUGCCAGCACUUCCAGCCUCUCUACGCUGGCAAAGCAGACACGCAGUUCAACCAAAUCCCGUGGAGAUGCAGAGAGCCAGGAAAGGGGCCUUUUGGAGUGCCAGGUGAAAGAGCUGCUAGCUGAGGCCAAAGCUAAAGACUUAGAGAUCAGCAAUCUCAGGAUGGAGUUACAGCGCUGCAAAGGUAAAGCCUCCGCCGCUUCCGCUUCACCGUCAUCCAACUCUGUCUCGCGCCAAGAUUCUGCUGCAGAUCAGGAGCAGGAGCAGGUGGCGGAGGCCCUCGUGCUGGUUGGAGAGCUGAGAGAGAAAAACGGGAAGUUUCAGAGAGAGCUGGCAGCGCUCAGGGAGGAAAACCAGUCGCUGAAGGAAAAGCUACUCAGCUUGGAAGCCUCUCCUCUCUCUAGUACAAACUCCCCCUCCAAGCCUUUGGUGAAUGGCCUGCCGUCAGACUCCAGCUCCUCAUCCCCACAAGAGGACAGUCUCCCUUCUCCUGCCAGCCCUCUCAAAACCUCUGUCUCCUCCAGCUCAGACAUCACCAAGGGCUCACCGUCACCUGACUCAUCGGAGUUUGAAAAAAUCCCAUCACGUACAGAGUCCAUGAACAGCAGUGUCAGUGGGGAAACAGUUGGAGUGGGGGCAGUAAACAGUCCAGGACGGCAGGAUGUGUCAGUGCGGAGCCUGACCGAACAGAUUCACAAGAUGGAGGAGAAUCAUCACAGCACAGCCGAGGAGCUGCAGGCGACUCUACAGGAGCUGGCAGACCAGCAGCAAGUGGUGCAGGAGCUGACGGCUGAGAAUGAGCGCCUGGCCGAGGAAAAGCGCCUCCUUCAGACCUCACUUCAACAGCAGCGAGAGCGUCUGGAGGUGGUGGUCCAAAAGAACGAGGCUCUGGCUGGACGACUUCAGGAACAAGCCCAAGCUCAGGCCAAGAGGGAGGAGGAGCUGGGGAGCCAAGGGCCUCGCCUGGCCGAGCUGGAGCAGAGGUAUGCCGAGCUGGUUGAAAGCUCACAUUUCGAACGGGAGAAGCUGGUAGACAUCCAGCAGCAACUGACAGGUAGCCUGCGGGCUCUGGAGGAAGAGCACCAGGCAUCCCAGGGCCAGGUGCACUGUCUCACAGAGGAGCUGAACAGACUGCAGGCCCAGCUGGGCAGGGAGCUGGAGGCCGGAGGUCAGGCAGCACAGGCCGCAGAGGAGCAGAGGGCAACAGCGGACUGUCUCAGACUGGAAAACAGUAGGCUGAAGGCACAGAUAGACAUUGAGAGGCAAAAGGUGGGUGAGCUGAAGGCCAUGCAGAGUGCCAGUGACAGCACCGAGGUGCACGACUUGCUGAAGACAGCCCACGCUGACAGAGACCGGCUGGAGGUGGAGCUGACAGAGCUGAGGCAACAGCUGCUACACGCUGAGGCCGAGACUGAGCAUGUGCGAGCUACGAUGUCCAAGGUGGAGGCCAAAUGCCAGCAGGUUCAGGAGCGGGCCGAGAGGAGGGAGCAGGAGCUCACCAGCCGAGUGACUUCCCUGGAGGAGGUUGGGAUCCAGGCCGAGAACCAGGUGAAGGAGCUGAAGGAGACCAUCUUCGAGCUGGAGGACCAGGUGGAGCAGCAGAGGGCCGUCAACUGCCACACAAACCAAGCAGUCCUGGACAUGGAGAAUCUUGUCAAAAAGCUGGAGGAGCAGAAAGCUGAAGCAGAGCGACAAGUGAAAGUCUUGAACAGACAGAUGAAGGAUGAAAAAGAGGAGUGGCGUCGGUUCCAGGCGGACCUCCAGACGGCCGUGGUGGUGGCCAACGACAUCAAGGUGGAGGCUCAGCAGGAGCUGCGUACACUCAGGAGGCAGCUGCAGGAGGAGCAGGAUCGCAGUGCUAAGCUUUCCACGGACCUCGAGGCCCUGCAGGGAGUCAGGUCCCAAGGUGAUGAGGUGAGGGUGUCCGACUCCGAUAACAGCCGUCACUGGUGCGGCAUCUCCAUGAUCCCGACCACACCCAUAGACGUCAGCGGAGAUGCCGAUUCAGAACCCGGAGCUACUGUCAAAUCCCUCAUUAAGUCCUUCGAUACUGUGGGACAGAAUGGACCAGGCCACACGGUUCAAAUGCAUUCCUCUCCAAGAAGCCCGCUGAGUGGGAUCCCUGUACGUACUGCACCUGCUGCUGCCGUCUCCCCAAUCCAGAGACAGUCAUACAUAAAGCCACUAUCAAAGACGUUGGAAAAAAGAAUCAACCAUGGAGAAUUUGCUCAUCAAUAUGACAAGUUGUCAGGCUGCGGGGAAGACCUGAAACCUACCAGCCUGAUGAGGAAGAGCCCUUCUCUAGAGUCUGUCAUCAAAACACCAGCCUCCUUCGGCAGCCGCACGGCAUCAUUCAGCUACAACCGAGGCAACAGCAAGCUUAGUGUGGAAAGAAAGGACCCUUUGGCUGCUCUGGCGAGGGAGUAUGGAGGAUCUAAGAGAAAUGCUCUACUGAAGUGGUGCCAGAAGAAAACAGAAGGCUAUCCGAAUAUCGAUGUGACCAACUUCAGCAGCAGUUGGAGCGACGGCCUUGCUUUCUGUGCCCUCUUGCACACGUAUCUGCCGGCCCAUAUCCCGUACCAGGAGCUCAUCAGUCAAGAUAAGGUCCGGAAUCUGACCCUUGCUUUCCAGGCCGCCGAGAGCAUUGGCAUCAAACCCUCCCUGGACAUCGAGGAGCUGAUGAAGACCGACAGGCCGGACUGGCAGAGCGUCAUGCUGUACGUCUCUCAGAUCUACAAGUACUUCGAGACCUGACGCGGAGAGCUGGAGCUGGAGCUGGAGCUGGAGACCGAUGGAUCGGAGGCACCGCAGCACUUUUCUGUCACCGUCUUGUCAGCAUUGCAUUCACCUUCCAGACAGACCGAACAGUGCCACCUCAGCCCCCCCUUUUCUCCUGCCCAGCGUUCGACGCUGUAGACACGACCGAGGAAUUUCAAACAGCCGGUUUGAACACGUGCCAAAUCUUCUGACAACGAAACACAUCUUUACACGAGACUAUCUAUGCAUGGUUAAAGUGGAACCUUCUGUCCGAGCGUGCAGUGUGACGUCUCCUUUAACUGAACGACAUGAAGCGGUGAACAACUUUUGGUCCAUUUCGCUGAAAUGUUCCUUCAGAGAAUCGACCGAGUGGUUUAUUGUGAACAAGGUUGUAGGUCUGAAAGUGUUUUGAACUGACAUGUUUGAGUUGAACUGAAGCCUUUAAAAUAUGUUCCACCUUUGUGUGUGUGUGUGUCCUUUAGAUAGAAAAAUAGAAAACAAAGCUGCCAUGUGACGCAACACUAGAAAGAUUUAACACUACGAGAGCUGCCGAAUAGUUUUGUAGAAGUAUUUUUUAUGAGAACAGAUUAAUCUCUAUGUUUGCAUCGUUUACAGCGUUAAGGGUCGGCUGAAACCAUCGUACUGUGCCCCCUCCUCCUCCUCCUCCUCCUGCUCCUGCUCCUGUGUUGUUUCUCCCAUCAGGACUCCCUCGAUAACUAUGGUACUGCAGCUGCUUUGCAAUAUACACACAUACUUCGCAUGCCAUGUUAAAUAACGAAGGAGAGGAUAACUUUUACACGUACGAGUUGAGGCACAACACUUUUUUCCUGUGGUAUGAAUUCGACAAGCAUCCAUUUGAAAGAUGCCUUUAUGUUUUGAGAGAUUUAAAAUAAAAAGAAGAAGAAGAAAAGAAGUAUUAUUUAUUUAUUUACAUGCAUCCUGAGAAGUGAGUCAGAAAUGUGUGCAGUUUUUCUAUUCACGGAUGUCAAACUUGGAGGCCUGUUGGAUUGAUAUUGCUCAAUAAACGAUUGU